AUGGAGUCGGCCGGGACCGAGCCCGAGAGCUGCCCCCCGGCCCAGGAGCCGCCAGGGUCCCCGGCCCUCCCCGCCGAGGAGCCGGAGCAGAGCGAGGCCGCCCCGGAGCCCCAGCAGGCGGCUGAAGAGGUCCCCCCGCCGGCCCCGGUUGUUCAGGGCAGGAGGCCCAGCGGCCCGGGCUCGAAGGGACAGGCCAAGCGGUGCGGUGCGGGGAAGGGGGGCCGGGGCAAGCGGGGCUCGACACGCCGUGCCGGGGAGGAGGGAGGCCGGCCCGCCCGGCGGGCCCAUGUCACCGUGGACAGCUCCAAGGCCAAGACCUCGCUGGAGGCGCUGAAGAUCAGCUUGCGGCAGCUCCGCUGGAGAGAGUUUCCAUUUGGUCGGCGCUUGCCCUGUGAUAUCUAUUGGCAUGGGGUAUCAUUUCAUGAUAAUGACAUAUUCUCAGGUCAAGUCAACAAGUUUCCAGGCAUGACAGAAAUGGUGCGUAAAAUUACCCUGAGUCGGGCAGUGCGAACAAUGCAGGAUCUAUUUCCUGAAGAGUACAACUUCUAUCCCCAUUCAUGGAUUCUGCCAGAAGAGUUUCCCCUCUUUGUUGCUGAGGUUCGCAUGAUGAAAGAGAGCGAUCCACUCUGGAAGCCCACUUUCAUUGUGAAACCUGAUGGUGGGUGUCAAGGGGAUGGAAUCUACCUCAUUAAAGACCCAAGCGACAUUAGACUGGCAGGAAAUCUACAGAGCCGGCCAGCUGUAGUCCAGGAAUAUAUCAGCAAACCGCUGCUGAUUGACAAACUGAAAUUUGAUAUUCGUCUAUAUGUCUUACUGAAAUCUUUAGAACCAUUAGAGAUUUAUAUAGCCAAAGAUGGACUCUCUAGAUUUUGUACAGAGCCGUAUCAAGAACCCACCCUGAAAAACUUGCACCAGGUAUUUAUGCACUUAACCAACUAUUCACUGAAUAUUCACAGCGGGAACUUCAUCCAUUCUGACAAUGUAAACACCGGCAGCAAAAGGACUUUUUCAAGCGUUCUCUACAGACUGUCUUCCAAAGGGGUUGACAUCAAGAAACUGUGGUCGGAUAUAAUUUCAUUGGUGAUUAAGACUGUUAUUGCACUGACUCCAGAGCUGAAAGUUUAUUACCAAUCUGAUAUACCAGCUGGAAAGCCUGGGCCAACUUGCUUCCAGAUUUUAGGAUUUGACAUUCUCCUAAUGAAAAAUUUGAAGCCUGUGUUACUUGAAGUAAAUGCAAACCCCAGCAUGAGAAUAGAACAUGAGCAAGAGCUUUCUCCAGGAGUGUUUGAAAAUGUCCCAAGCCCCGUUGAUGAAGAAAUAAAAGUAGCUGUCAUCAGAGAUACCCUUCGUCUAAUGGACCCGUACAAAAAGAAGAAAAAAGAUGAUCACCUUCCAGAUACCUGUAUGGACUCAAAGCAAAGAUUUCCUCCUAUCUCAAGCAGAUUGCCACGAUCAAAUCUUCAGUUUUCAAAGUUUGCAAUAGUCAGAUCUCAACUGUCUGAGAAUGCAUCAGACACAAAAGAUGAACUAUUGGAACCAGGAUCAACAGACCAAUUGGAACAUGAUAUCAGCAAAAAUCCAGAAGCCAGCUUACCCUCCCUUUGUCUCAAGCAAGUGUUUCCAAAAUAUGCCAAACAGUUCAGCUAUCUGCGACUGGUGGACAGAAUGGCUGCAUUGUUUAUCCGAUUCCUUGGAGUAAAAGGGACAAUGAAGUUGGGACCAACAGGUUUCCGAACAUUUAUAAGGAACUGCAAGCUGAGUAACAGCAAUUUUUCAAUGGCUUCCGUGGAUAUUCUGUACAUCGAUAUCACAAGAAGGUGGAAUAGUAUGGGACUAGACCAAAGAGAAUCAGGGAUGUGCUUGCAAGCCUUCAUAGAAGCUUUCUUUUGCCUGGCUCAGAGAAGAUACAAGUCACUCCCACUUCAUGAGCAAGUGGCAUCAUUGAUUGAUUUCUGUGAAUACCAUCUAGCCAUCCUCGAUGAGAAGCGCCUGGUUUGCAGCCGAGGAAUAACGGAACGCCGAGCAGCGCUGGUUACCUGUCAGCCAGAUGGACUCCACCUCACGGCAGCUACUCAUGCGCCUCUCCUGAACCGCAUGACUGCUGCCAAUAAACUUACAGAUUAUAGAAAUCAUCGGUCUUGA